AUGUUGUCUGAUGAGGAUGCUCGUGCUCAAUAUCUUGGUACAAAUCCAUCAUCAAAUGUACCUAUAUUAUCGUUAAUUUUCUUGUCUUUCAUUGUUUAUAAUCUAAUAUUUUAUUUUCUUCCAUCAUCUAUCACACCAUUCAUUAAAAGUUAUAUUGUAUCAAUUGUUCAUGCCUGUGUAUCUGUUCUUGCUGUAUGCAUAUUCUAUGUACGAGAAUCAGUUAAUUUGACACAAGUCAAUCGUAUAUUAGGUGGAGGCAUUAAAGAUACUAAAGAUGAAAGUAUGACAUAUAGUAUAUGUUAUUCAUCGGGUUAUUUUAUCUAUGAUCUAAUUUUAAUGAUACGAUUCAAAUCGAUUCGAAAUUCAUCGGCAAUAAUUCAUCAUAUUGUUAUUCUUGUAGCUGGACUUGCAGGUCUUUAUACGCAUAUUGCUCAUGCAAGUCAUUUUCUUAUGCUUGCUGAAGAACUCUCAACAAUUUCACUCAAUCUAAAGACAAUUUAUCAUCAACAACCUCGUAUACAUGAUUUAUUUGGUCUUCUUUUUGUGGUAACAUUCAUCUUAAGUCGUCUUAUUUAUGGAACGAUUAUAUGUUUGUAUACCUUUCGAGCUGUACCGAAAUUUAUUCGAAUGGCCUCCGAUCUAGGUGACAUUACAAGUAUUGUGUUGGUUAUAGCACAAGUUUUUUUGUAUAUUUUUACGAGACUACUCAAUCUUUAUUGGACAAUAUUGAUUGUACGUAAACUUAUGUCUGUUUCUCGACACAAUAAAUCAUUGCUUCAAACCAGUAGUGUAAAACUAAACAAGAAAGUUGAUUAA